AUGAAACCGCUGACGUCUGUGCUUCAGACUACCGCUUUUGCGUUGAAAGUGGUGAUUAUCCUCUCGAUCGCCGGUGCUGCCAUCUCGUCGCGGUUGUUUUCGGUGAUUCGUUUCGAGUCCAUCAUCCACGAGUUCGAUCCAUGGUUCAACUACCGUGCCACCAAGUACCUCGUGGAAAACAACUUCAAUGAUUUCCUCAACUGGUUCGACGACAGAACUUGGUACCCCUUGGGCAGAGUCACUGGUGGGACCUUGUACCCUGGCCUCAUGGUCACCUCCGGUGCCAUCUGGCAUGUGUUGCGCAAGCUCUCCAUGCCGAUUGACAUUCGUAACAUCUGUGUGUUGCUCGCGCCGGCAUUUUCUGCCUUAACCGCCUACGCCACCUACCUCUUCACCUCCGAGCUCAAGGACAGUGGGGCCGGGCUCUUGGCCGCGGCGCUCAUCGCCAUUGCGCCGGGCUACAUCUCGCGCUCGGUCGCCGGGUCCUACGAUAACGAAGCCAUCGCCAUCACCUUGUUGAUGACCACCUUUUAUCUCUGGAUCAAGGCGUGCAAGCUCGGCUCCAUCUUCUGGUCCGCGUUGUCUGCGCUUUGUUACUUCUACAUGGUGGCUGCUUGGGGUGGGUACGUGUUCAUCACGAACUUGAUCCCGCUCCACAUCUUUGUGUUGAUCUUGAUGGGUAGAUACUCCGCCAAGCUCUAUGUCGCCUACACCACCUGGUACGCCUUGGGGACCUUGGCCUCGAUGCAGAUCCCGUUCGUCGGCUUCCUCCCAAUCAGAUCCAACGAUCACAUGGCCGCCCUUGGGGUGUUUGGCUUGAUCCAGUUGGUUGCGUUUGGUAACUACGUCAAGUCCAGCACCUCCUCCAAGCAGUUCAAGACCUUCUUGACCGUCUCCUUGGUGUUGAUCAUCGCGCUCGGGGUCUCCGGCUUGUUUGCGUUGACCGCCGCCGGCCUCAUCGCGCCGUGGACCGGCCGUUUCUACUCCUUGUGGGAUACUGGCUACGCCAAGCUCCACAUUCCAAUCAUUGCGUCGGUGUCCGAGCACCAGCCGACCGCCUGGCCGGCGUUCUUCUUUGACACCCAGUUUUUGAUCUGGUUGUUCCCAGCGGGGAUCUACCUCUUAUUCCAGGACUUGGCCAACGAACACGUCUUUGUGAUCAUCUACUCUGUGUUGUGCUCCUACUUUGCCGGUGUCAUGAUCAGAUUAAUGUUGGUGUUGACCCCGGUCAUCUGUGUGUGCGGUGCCAUCGCCAUCUCCAAGUUGUUCGAUGUCUACUUGAACCUCAGAGAGCUUGCUGCCACCAGUGAAGAGACCAGGAAGGACAGGAUAUUCCAGCUCCUCUCCAGAAUGAUUGUGAUUAUGUCGUUCGGCUUCUAUCUUUGCUUCUUUGUCUACCACUGCACUUGGGUCUCCUCCACUGCCUACUCCUCGCCUUCGGUCGUGCUUGCUUCCAGAAACCCGGACGGGUCGCAGGCGAUCAUUGACGAUUACAGGGAGGCGUACUACUGGUUGAGAAUGAACUCUCCCGAAGACGCCAAAAUCAUGGCCUGGUGGGAUUACGGGUACCAGAUUGGUGGGAUGGCUGACCGUACCACGCUCGUCGACAACAACACCUGGAACAACACCCACAUUGCCACCGUCGGUAAGGCGAUGAGCAGUCCGGAAGACAAGGCCUACGAAAUCUUGGUCAACCACGACGUGGACUACGUCCUUGUGAUCUUCGGGGGUUUGUUAGGCUACUCUGGCGACGACAUUAACAAGUUCUUGUGGAUGGUUAGAAUCUCUGAGGGCAUCUGGCCGGAGGACAUUAGUGAGAGAAGCUUCUUCACCGCUCGAGGCGAGUACAAGGUGGACGAUCAGGCUUCGCAGACCAUGCAAAACUCGUUGAUGUACAAGUUAUCCUACUACCGUUACCACGAGGUGUUUGGCAUGCAGGCCGCUACCGACAGGGUCAGAAACCAGGUGAUUCCCAAGAAGGACAUUGAGUUGGACUCCUUGGAAGAGGUCUUUACCUCCGAGAACUGGAUUGUCAGGGUCUACCAGGUCAAGAAGGGCGACAACGCCGGCAGAAACUUGCAGGAGGCUGGCAGCUUUGAGAGAAAGGCCAAGGGCGGCAGAAACAGAAGUGCCAAGAAGCCAGAGGUUGGCUUGAGAGAGCUCUAA